GUAUCCAAUUGCUCAUGCAUGCACACACAAAGGGUCUCCACUUUUUUCACACCCCCUCCUUCAAAAACAACAUUCCUCAAUGCAAAUACUCUACUUCACCCCUAUAACGGCAGUCUUACUCUUCGCCGCCGUUAUCUCCACCGUCAACUCAUGCCUUCCAUCUGAACUAGCAGCUCUACAAGCCUUCAAGUCAUCACUCCGUGAACCUUACGUCGGUCUAUUCAACUCAUGGACCGGAACCGACUGCUGCCACAACUGGUUCGGCGUCUCCUGCGACCAGAACUCUCGUCGCGUCUCCGACAUAAACCUCCGCGCCGGUACUCUCUACACAACCUUCGAAAAAGCACACCGUCCUGGUUACAUGACGGGUUACAUCUCACCGGAGAUUUGUAAACUGACUCAAAUCUCCAGCAUUACUAUCACCGAUUGGAAGGGUAUCUCCGGCGAGAUCCCGGCUUGCAUUUCCUCACUCUCUUCCCUUCGAAUCAUCGACCUCGCCGGAAACCGUUUCUCCGGAAACAUCCCAACCGACAUCGGAAAACUCCUCCAUCUCAACCGUUUAAGCCUCGCCGACAACUUAUUCACGGGCGGAAUCCCGAGUUCGUUGAUCAGUAUAACCAGUUUGACUCAUCUUGACAUCCGUAAUAACCGGAUCUCGGGAAUCAUCCCAACGGGCUUCGGCACACUUCAGAAUUUGAACCAGGCUUUAUUAAGCGGCAAUCAGUUUCACGGGCCUAUCCCGGGCUCAAUUUCUCAAAUCAACCGUCUUUCAGAUCUGGAUCUAUCUCAAAACCAACUAAAUGGGUCCAUUCCGGACUCAUUGGGCUUAAUGUCUUCAUUGGGGACACUAAAGCUUGAUACGAACAAGCUUUCCGGAAUGAUUCCGAAGAGUCUUUUGAGUUCAGGAAUCAGUGACUUGAAUUUGAGUCAUAACAUGUUGGAGGGAAAUAUACCUGAUUUUGGUGUUAGGUCCUAUUUUACAUCGUUGGAUUUCUCCUAUAAUAACCUCAUGGGUGCUAUACCUAAAUCUAUAGCUUCUCCUUCUUACAUUGGUUACAUGGAUUUGAGCCAUAACCAUCUAUGUGGUCCAAUUCCUAAUGCUAUAGAUUAUUUUGAUGCGACCUCCUUUGAGUACAAUGAGUGCCUUUGUGGAAAGCCACUUAAUGUCUGCAAAACAAAGGGGUAAUAACCGUUAAAAACUCACGUAUACAAUGGUGUCUAAUUAGCAGUAUUGAUUUGGUUAUUAACUUUCUCUUUUUGUUUGUAUUUUGAGAUAGAAGGAAUUCCUUUUUUUUUGUCAUGCAUCCAUGCACAUGUGUACAAUGUGUUAUGGUGGUAUAUUUUGUAAGGAAGGAAGUAAUAAAAUGUUUUGUUUGUUGUU